AUGCUGGCCAGAUCGGUAUUGCAGCGGGCCUCCGCCGCCCCUGCUCGCCAGUUCGCCCUCCGACAGUCCCUUCGAGCCGCAAGCACCUGGUCCAACGUCCCCCAAGGUCCCCCGGAUGCCAUUCUCGGCAUCACCGAAGCCUUCAAGAAAGACUCCAACGCGGAGAAGAUCAAUCUCGGAGUCGGAGCAUACCGCGACGACAAGGGCAAGCCGUACGUGCUGCCGUCGGUGCGCACGGCGGAGCAGAAGAUUGUGGAGCAGAACCUUGACCAUGAAUACGCCGGCAUCACGGGCGUGCCCAGCUUCACCGCUGCUGCCGCCGAGCUUGCGUACGGCAAAGACUCGACGCCGCUGAAGGAGGGCCGCAUCUUCAUCACCCAGUCCAUCUCCGGCACGGGUGCGUUGCGGAUAGGAGGCGCUUUCCUCGCGCGCUUCUACCCCAACGCCAAGUCCAUCUACAUUCCCACCCCGUCCUGGGCGAACCACAAGGCGGUGUUCAGCGACUGUGGGUUCGAGGUCAAGCAGUACCGCUACUACAACAAGGACACCAUCGGCCUCGACUUUGACGGCAUGGUGGAGGAUAUCAAGAGCAUGCCCAAGGGAAGCAUCGUCCUGCUCCACGCCUGCGCCCACAACCCCACGGGAGUCGACCCGACGGAGGAGCAAUGGCGCUCCAUCAGCGAGGCGGUCAAGGCGGGCGGACACUACCCCUUCUUCGACAUGGCCUACCAGGGUUUCGCAUCCGGCGACACCAACCAGGAUGCCUUUGCCCUUCGCCAGUUCAUCAAGGAUGGCCACCAGCCCUGCUUGGCUCAGAGCUUCGCCAAGAACAUGGGCCUGUACGGAGAGCGGGUGGGCGCCUUCUCGAUCGUCUGCGAGUCGGCGGAGGAGAAGGCGCGCGUGGACUCGCAAGUCAAGAUCCUCAUCCGACCCCUCUACUCCAACCCGCCGGUGAAUGGGGCGCGCAUCGCCAGCAACAUCCUCACCGACCCGGCGCUGAACAAGCAGUGGCUGGGCGAGGUGAAGGGGAUGGCGGAGCGGAUCAUCAAGAUGCGGGCGCUGCUGAAGGAGAACCUGGCGAAGCUGGGCAGCAAGCACAACUGGGACCACAUCACGUCGCAGAUUGGCAUGUUUGCGUACACGGGCCUGAACGCGGAGCAGACGAAGAAGCUGGCGGAGGAGCACUCGGUGUACAUGACGAAGGACGGGCGGAUCAGCGUGGCGGGCAUCACGUCGGCGAAUGUCGGACGUCUUGCUGAGGCGAUCUACAAGGUUACCGGCUGA